AUGGCUCCCGCUCCUAUUGAUCCCGCCAUUGUUGACGUAGUGCAACCCAAGAAGGAUACUCUGCCAAUUCCCGCCCGGGCUAGAGAGCGACUUUUGAAGGCAGGCAUAGAUCUGUCCAAUGGCUACCCCUACAGGCCUUCCAGGCCUCUCUACCUACAGGAUGUUUACAAGAUACGCAGCACUGAUAGGAAACACGUCGAUGCUGGAGCCAGGGCGGACAAAUCCAAGAAGAAUCUGUUCGCUGCUGCGAGCAAGAUCACGGACCUAACAGCCAACAUUGGUACCGAGAUCGAAGGGCUGCAGCUGAAUGAUCUCACACCCGAACAACGAGACGAGCUUGCCCUACUGAUUGCUGAGCGGAGCGUUGUGUUUUUCAGAAAUCAGGAUCUAUCGCCCCAACAGCAGAAGGAGCUUGGAGAGUGGUAUGGAGACAUUGAGAUCCACCCUCAAGUCCCACAAGUUCCUGGUGUCGCUGGUGUAACCGUCAUCUGGCCCGAUCUACAGGCUACGGAGAGGCCGGCGAACUUUCGGAACCCUGGCGGCGCCUCCCGAUGGCAUACAGAUCUGGUACACGAGCAUCAGCCUGCUGGCAUCACUCACUUGCACAAUGACACGGUCCCGCCCGUGGGGGGAGACACUCUCUGGGCAAGUGGAUACGGAGCCUAUGAAAAGCUUUCUCCCAACUUCCGCAAGAUCAUCGACGGCAAAUACGCCGUCUAUCGAUCUGCGCACCCGUACCUCGACCGGGACGAUCCUGAGGCAGGGCCUAAGUAUGUCGAACGUACUCACCCGUUGGUGCGCGUUCAUCCAGCGACAGGAUGGAAGGCACUUUGGGUCAACCGAGCUAUGACCGACCGCAUUGUCGGCUUCGAUAAGGCGGAGAGUGAUCUCAUUCUAAACUACCUGUUUGACGUGUAUGAGAAGAACGUGGAUAUCCAGCUUCGGUGGAAAUGGACCCCGGGCACGUCAGUGCUGUGGGACAAUCGCUGGGACUACGCUGGAAAGCACCCGAGACAUGGAACAAGGGUCACAUCUCUGGCUGAGAGGCCAUUUUUCGAUCCCAAUGCGCCGACGAGGCGACAGGCACUGGGCCUGCUGGACGACAGUGAAAAGGAGGAGCUUAGACUGGCCUCAGUCACGGAAAAAGUAAAUGACUUUACCUUGUAG